GGAGGUUUAAUUAGCGGACCCUGACGCUGUGGCACAACAAAUGGAGCAAGGCAAUUAUGAGGGACACUGUCACCAUAGCAGUUCCGGGGCCCAGUGCUCCCCAGACUGCAGCUGAGCCCCUGCCUGCCCCACGGACUCUGCUGCAGCAGCCCCAACAGCCAGACCAGCAUCAACUGCCUACAGAUAACUCUGGUCUGGCUGCCACCAUCCGAGGGCCGCUUGCCCCGGAACUGUUUGACCUCAUUGCCGCCCACCAAAAGUGCCACCGCCUCUCCUCCACUGCCCCCCGAUGGACAACACCCCAUCCUCUGCCCCUGUCCCCGAUGGACACCACCCCAUCCUCUGCUCCCCCGAUGGACACCACCCAAUCCUCUGCCCAUGUCCCCCCGAUGGACACCACCCAAUCCUCAGCCCAUGUCCCCCCGAUGGACACCACCCAAUCCUCGGCCCCUGUCCCCCCGAUGGACACCACCCCAUCCUCUGCCCCUGCUCCCCCGAUGGACACCACCCCAUCCUCUCUGCCCCUGCUCCCCGAUGGACACCACCCCAUCCUCUGCCCAUUGUCCCCCGAUGGACAACAACCCCAUCCUCUGCUCCCCGAUGGACACCACCCCAUCCUCUGCCCAUGUCCCCCGAUGGACACCACCCCAUCCUCUGCUCCCCCAUGGACACCACCCCAUCCUCUGCCCAUGUCCCCCGAUGGACACCACCCCAUCCUCUGCUCCCCGAUGGACACCACCCCGUCCACCAGUGGCACUCCUGCUCCCUCCACCAGCACUGCUGCAGCCUCUGCUGGAGCCAUCCCCCGCUCUACUGAGUGGAGGCACAGGGUUCACGCAGAGCAGGCACGUCGGGCCCAGGAGGAAGGGCCUUGCUUAAGCCCCUCAAAAGGUCUCCCGGCUCACCAAUUCUAG